UUUCUCUAUUUCUGGGGUGUAACCUUCAUGGUUGUCACUACCAUUGUUGCUCUGGUGAAACACGAAACUGGUGCAACUGUCCAAUUACCGUUCACACAGUGCUUGAGACGUAUCCGCCGACUGUUCCGGCGAUGCCAGUCCAACGGUUCCGUUUGUGACAAAUUCUAUUCCACACCGACUCGGGCGGUCAAAGAUUUUGUGGGCGAUGAACAACCGUCGGAAAUGACUUUGCUUGAAUCCGAGGACGAUAUUGCGGACGGGGCACAUCAGUUACGUGUAAUUCGGUCCGCCUCCUCUUCCUCAUCCACGAACCACGUGAACAUGGAUCAACAGAUCAACUGCAUCACGGACUUACCGCAUGUGACCGAGAUCACCCGGGAUUAUGCGUCAGCGGAUGAACCGGAACGCGAUUUGUCGUUGAUUGAAACCUAUCGUGUGAUGUUUGGGGUUCUGCAACUGAAACCCGUCCUACAGUAUAUCGGUCUGCUAUUUCUAGUCCGACUGAAUUCCGAUAGCACUACAUGA